UAUCUCUAAUCGUUAAUUUUUCAUGCUCAGAAAAAAAAUUAAAAAAUUGAGUGUGUUAAUUGUUAAGUUCUUUCAAGCGUUGUGGAUCCUUUUCAUUCAAUUUUGUUGGCCUUUGAAAACCGAAGAAGAAGCACUGUGAUUCUGAUUCUUUAUCGGUCGUUGCAAUUGGUGCCUCCGUCUUUUUCAUCCCUAACCCCACUCCACACCCUUCGACGCGAUUCCUAUUCUGAUCGUAGGUUAGUGGGGCAAGGGCUGUGGGUGAGGAUGAAUUUGCAACAAGUUGGACAGCCUAAAUCAUCUAAUGGAUAUGGUUGUUGGAAAUCUGAAAAAGAAGGGGCAACUAAGUCUGAUAAUAAGAUCCCGUCUGGAAAGUCAAAUGCCAGCAGCAGAUUAGCAAGUGUAGUGACUGGCAAUAAAGGUGGUAGUUAUGGGAGUCCUUCACAUGAUCGAUUAGUAUAUUUAAAAACAUGCCUUAUUGGGCAGCAUGUGGAAGUCCAGGUGAAAAAUGGAUCUAUAUACUCUGGAAUAUUUCAUGCAACAAAUUCUGGCAAAGAUUUUGCUUAUGUCAUCAUUACUGUUCUUUUAGGAAUCAUUUUGAAAAUGGCUCACUUAACAAAGGAUGCUGCUUUGCAAGGAAAAGAAUCUGGUGUAGAAUUUGUCAGUAAAGCUCCUUUUAAGACUUUAAUUAUACCUGCCAACGACCUUGUACAAGUUAUUGCAAAGGAUGUUGCUGUUUCUAGAGAUGGCCUACCUAGUGAAUCUCACUAUGAUAUGCAUCAGGAGAUCAUGGUUGAUUCAGUAAUAUCUCAAUCCUGUCAUGUCGAGACAGGGAGAGAAUUACAGCGAUGGGUACCUGAUGAAGAUGAUCCACAAUGCCCUGAACUGGAAAAUAUCUUUGAUGGCCCUUGGAAUAGGGGAUGGGAUCAGUUUGAAACAAAUGAAAUGUUGUUCGGUGUAAAAAGCACAUUCAAUGAGGAUUUCUAUACAACAAAGCUCGAAAAAGGGCCCAAGACAAGAGAGUUGGAAAAGCAAGCUUUAAGAAUAGCAAGAGAAAUUGAGGGUGAGGAAACACAAGAUCUUCAUCUAGCAGAGGAAAGAGGCCUUUACCAUAACUUUGAUAUUGAUGAAGAAACCAGAUUCUCUUCAGUCUAUAGGGGUAAAGGUGUUGAUGAUAGUGAAUAUGAUGAAAAUGAGGACAAGCUCUUGGAUUCACACAAUUCUGAAACAUUUGAUAAUAUUUAUGAUUUAGUCAAUAAGAGACCAGUUGAAGCAAGAGGUCAGAAAGGCAGUAAUGGAGCUCAAACAUGGUCAAAUUUCUCCUCUGUGGAUCACUCAAAGUUAUCUCAGUCAAGUACUGGUGUGGAUUUAUGUCGCUCUGGUUCUAAUUAUCAUGCUAAGCAGUUAGCAUCUGAACUCCCUGCCCAGAGUUGCUCAUUUUCAGAUGGAAAAAGCAGGAUUCAGCAGAACUCAGUUAAUAACCUACAUGGAGUCAAUGAUAAUACUGUUGAAGAAAAUUGGAUACAAACCGAGGAUGUCCAACUGUCAAAAUCUGAGGAUUUACAGUCAUCACUUAAGUUGAAGAAAGAUGGCUCCGAUGAAGGGGGGUUAUCUACUAAUGUGGCCUCCUGUGCCCCUUCUACUCAUAUUUUAUCAACGACUCCUGAAGAAACUGGGUCAGUUGGGGAAACAAGGUCUGUAAUUUCACAUGGAAGACUAGGUAGUUUUACAUCAAUGGGUUCAGAUUAUGUGGCAGCAACCUCUGGUCCUGGUCUAUCACCAAGUUCUUCAGUUGGUUCAAUGUCUUCGGAAAAAUCAACUCUGAAUCCCAAUGCCAAGGAGUUCAGGCUCAACCCUAAUGCAAAGAGUUUUGUUCCAUCUCAAUCACAUGCUAGGCCCCGCUCCCCAGUGUCUGAUGGUUCUUUCUAUUUCCCGACUACCGUACCCACCGUACCAAAUAUGCCAGCCAUGCCCAUGGGUAUUGGAGUUGGAACUACUUUUGUGGGGCCACAACCUGUCAUAUAUAAUCCACAAGCGGCACAAAUGCCAUCCCAACCAUAUUUUCAUCCAAAUGGACCACAGUAUGGACAACUUGGUCAUCCUAGGCAAGUUUUAUACGUGCCAAGUUACCUCCCUGAGAUGCCAUAUAAGGGACGGGAUUAUUGACCACUUAUAGUCGAAUGCAUUCUCGGCAACUUCGCUCUUUGCCUGAAAAGAAUGAACUGAGUGGAUGACUUAAAGAGUUCCAAAUGACAAGAAUAUCUUCAGCUUAUGGGAGGAUUUCCAUAAAAAAAAAAUGAUAAUUUCUAGGCAAGCAGGCUUAUUAUGGGAUAUAAGUUAAUUUAUCUAAUAUUCACUCAUACGUCUUUUUGGAUUUCUCAGUUUUCGGUCAUGUAAUUGUAGCUUAAGUAAGAUUGAUAUUUCCCCCUCAGUAUUAUUCUUAUGCAACAUUUACUUUAAAUUUGCAUCUUCCCUACUUUAAUUACUACCAUUCUUUUGACCUUUA